AUGGAGAGCACAACUUCAACCAAUGAACAGAAUGUCACCAAAGAAAACACAGAAAAUGAACUAAUGAAUAUACCAGAGGACUACACCAGCAUAUCAAGAUGGAUAAAGAAAAACCAGGCACAAAUAAUGAAUAAUCCAGGGUUAAUUCAAAAGAUACUGAAUAGACUGGAAAAACUACUCAAAAAGACCAGUCAAAUAUCAGAUUUACGAAAAGAUAUCAGCAUCUUCUUACAAACAAUCAAAUUAGAAUAUGAUGCACUACUUAAGGAAUAUGACGCACUACUUACAAUUCAUGAUAUCGUAGAAAUGGUCAAUAAUGCUGAAUGUAUGGAUUUCUUUAGUUUAUGUUACAGGAAAGAGCAAUCAGCUAAAUUUGUAGAUGUGUUGUACCUGGAAGUGGAACACAGGGAUAGAAAGGUAGGAGAGCGCAAGGUGUACGAUGAGAACAGCUCAGAAAUCAAGAAGCCAUCAAAUUUGAAGGAGAUUGAGGAGAAAAUAGAGAGCAAUGAAGAAGCCAAGAAUAUUGCUGCCAUAAUACGAAAUAGAAAACGAGUCUCGUUCAUUGAAUUGGUGUGUGAUCCUAAUUCAUUUGGUAAGACAGUCUACAAUGCAUUCAACCUGUCAAUGGCUAUUAGAAUGAAAUAUGUGUCAUUUGCGCGUAUCAAUGGGAUUCUAUACGUUGUGGAAUCAACUAAUAGUGAUGAAGAGGCUAUUUAUGAACAUGGUGUGUUUGAGAUCACUCAUGAAAAAUAUAAAGAAAUGAGGCAGAAAAUAAAUCAGGUUCAAUCACAAAAUGAAUAA